AUGAGUGAAGAACAGGGAGGAAUAACUAGUGUACAAAGUGACGAACCUAUUGAAAAGCCAACUGCUAACGUAAUUAAUUUGGUGGAGGAAACCAACCACGACGAUUAUGACGUAAGGGAGAACAAAAGUGAAGGUGCUGAUUUGGAAAAGAAAGAUUCAACACACGCGUUUGAGGUUCUCACACAUAACGGAGCUGUUACGAGUAGAACUACCGGUAAUGGUGGUUCUGAAGCUGUUACGAGUAGCACUAUUGGUAAUGGUGAUUCUGAAGCUGUUACGAGUAGCACUACCGGUAAUGGUGAUUCUGAAGCUGUUACAAGUAGCACUACUGGUAAUGGUGAUUCUGAAGCUAUUUUGAGUGUUGAAGAGACGCGGAAUUCAGAGCCAGUCAGCAACAUUCAAGAGAAUAACGAUGCUGUUGAAGAUAAUCAUCCAGAUGACCUUGAUAAAGCCAAUAUUGACACUAUAAACAACGGAAAUGUUGAUCAAAGGGGGAAAUUAGUCUCAACUGAAGCAAACAUUGAUGUGGAUGUUAUGGACAACAACAAGAAAGAAGAAGAAAAAGUAAACGAAGAAGACGAAGAGUUGGUUUAUGACGACGAUGAGGAUGUUGAAAUUGUACAAUUGCCUACUGCCGAUGAUCCGCCUCAGGAUGAACUUCAACAAGACAAAGAAAUGCUAACUAGUCACGAAGAUACCCCCAUUGAUGUUAAUAACGCUGUUGGAUCUUUAGUGGAUGAGCAAGCUCAAGAUUGUAUAGAAGAUAAAGCCUCUGUAGCUGAUGGUUCUACAGAGUCUACUAUGGAAACUGAUACCUUAUCACAAGGCUAUGACACAGUAAAUUCACAGGUCCGUCCAUCAAACGAAUCAGAAACUAGCCACAAUCAAGCAUUGGGCGAAUGUCGAGAUGUUGCUGAGGCUGAUCCAACUCCACCAACUUUUGAAAGUGCAGGAAAACCCGAACCACAAGUGGAAGAGCAUAAUGGAGAGGAAAAGAUUAGUAUCAUAAUAGGAAAUGGCAAAAAGGAAACACUGAUUUUUGAAGAAAAAGAGACGAGUCAAGAGGAAGACCAACAAUACAAGCGACUAGGUUCAAAUUUAGAGGAAAAUUUCAACGAGGACAUAGAUGACAUAAACACAUUAACGAGAAAUCUUGACUCUCAAGAACCAAUUAUAUUUACCGAUAGUGCGACCGAGAAAACCCACGACACCGUUUCCGUAUAUGUCACUUAUAACAAUGAGAAAUAUUUACUAUAUCCAAACCCAAACACAGACACGGACCGAGAGUUAUCCACGCUAUUCAGUGAUAACUCCAUACAAUCACUUUCAAUCGAAGAAUUCUUUGGUUUACUUCGAAGUGUAGAAGGCUUUAUUUUUAAGGUGAGUGAGGAAAUCAUACUAAGCAUCCCACAAUUUGGAGGGAUUUCCCUUACCGAAGAUAAUGUUUAUUGUAAGGAUUUGACUAUUGGGGAUUUCAUUGAUUUGUAUUAUAAACUUUGUGACUGUUCUGAUUCAAAGGAUAAUAUUCCAACGUUUUUGAAUUUCGAUUUGACCACCCAGUCUCGAUUCAUUACAAAAUUCAACGGUUUAGUUGAAACCGUACAGAAUAAGGGUGGAUUUGAAGGAAUUUUAUCAGUAGAUGCAGAGAUUGAUGAACUGCCACGCAAAAAGAGAAAAACUGAGUAA